AUGGGGAGCUUUGUGUUCGGAUAUUGCAACAACGCGAUCGCGGGAUCUCUCGCACAAACGUCCUUCAUUGAAAAAUUUCUCAGUAAUGACAAUGCUAAUUCUGUUGUCGGUGGAAUCUUGGGCGCUUUUCUAGGUGGCGGUCUUAUCGGUGCUGUUGUCCAAGCCCCAAUCUCGGAUCGUUUCGGUCGUCGCAUCGCAACAGGCUCUGCAGCAUGCCUUACAAUCCUAUCUGGGGCGCUGCAAGCAGGCAGCGUUCACAUAGCCAUGUUCAUUGUGGCUCGAUUCAUAUGUGGCGUGGGAGCUGGUAUCGUGAUCACCAAUUGCCCGGUGUACAUGAGCGAGAUCUCUCCGCCGCACAUUCGAGGCUUGCUGGGCGGUAACCAUGCUAUCUCCAUUGUCUAUGCAUACAUCUUGUCCUCUCUCUUCGCAUUGGGUUUCCACUACAUCGAGGCCCCUUAUCAAUGGCGUCUGCAGUUUGUACUGCUCACGUUCUUUGGGCUGGUACUGUUGGCUUCAUUAGCUAUCCUGCCCGAGUCUCCGCGAUGGCUCUGCGAAGUGGGGCGACAGGAGGAGGCCUGGGAAGUCCUUCAGCGGCUUCACCAGACCCCUGAUGACCCCAAUUCCAACCUGGCAAGGGAUGAAAUGGCCCAGAUCAAGGCUCAGAUUGAGGUCGAACGAUCUUUACCAACCAGCUAUCUGCACAUUGUUCGCACACCUCACCUGCGACACCGGGCCGCUUGCUCCAUCUUGACCUGGAUCCUGGGUCAGUCUACUGGCAUUCUAGUCAUUGCUAAUUUGACCCCAACCCUGUUUGGUCAGCUCGGCUUCGGUACUGUUCUCCAGCUGGGCUUGUCCAUAGUAUGGACUGUUUGUGCCCUGAUUGGAUGCUUUGUCAAUGCCGCAUUAAUGGAUCGAAUAGGCCGGAUCAAGCUCAUGGUCAUCGGAGGUUACCUUUGCAGCGCGGUUCUUAUCUGCGAGGCUGUCCUACAGAAGUACUAUCUCAACAGCAGCAACACCACGGGAAUCAACGCGGCUGUGGCUUGCUAUUUUCUGUUCAUCUUUUUCUACGGUUGCACAGUGGACUGUGCCGCAUAUGUUUAUGUCUCUGAGAUCUGGCCCACGCAUCUCCGAAGUAAAGGCACCACGAUCGGUCUCGUCUCCUUCUUCGGUGGUGCUAUCGCCUACACCAGCCCAGCCUCGACAGCUUUCGCGACCAUUGGUUGGAAAUACUAUUGGACCAUGAUUGGCGUCUGUAUUGCCUCAGCCACGUUGAUGCUGUUUCUUUGUCCCGAGACUGCAAGGCUCACUCUGGAAGAGAUUGGCGCCAAAUUUGGUGAUGAGGUAGCGUUGGAAUUCCCGGAGGAGCUGAGUAGGAAUUCAAAUACAGUCUCCCCGCAUCUAGGGGAGGAGGAGAAGCAGGUUGAAGACGCUAGAGAAGGAUGA